UAGCCCAGUGCUGUGCCGCUCGUCGCCUAUGCAGGGUGGAUCUUACGCUUUGUGUGUGUUGUGAUCGCGUCUUCCCGCCGCAUCUAGUGUUACUUAAUUCGAAUAAAAUAUGCAACAUACGACCACGACAACUACCGUGGAAUAUACUGACGGUGAAACAGUCUACAUGGAGCAAGAAGAUGAAUGGGAGCGGGAGGGACUCCUCGACCCUGCAUGGGAAAAACAACAGAAAAAGACGUUCACGGCGUGGUGCAACUCGCACCUGCGCAAAGCAGGCACCCUCAUCGAGAGCAUAGACGAGGAGUUCCGCAAUGGCCUCAAGCUCAUGCUGCUGCUCGAGGUUAUCUCGGGCGAGACGCUGCCUAAGCCUGACCGCGGUAAGAUGAGGUUCCACAAGAUCGCUAACGUCAACAAAGCCCUCGACUUCAUCGCCAGCAAGGGCGUCAAGCUCGUCUCCAUUGGUGCUGAGGAGAUCGUGGACGGUAACCUGAAGAUGACGCUGGGCAUGAUCUGGACGAUCAUCCUGCGCUUCGCUAUCCAGGACAUCAGCGUCGAGGAGAUGACGGCCAAGGAGGGACUGCUGCUCUGGUGCCAGCGCAAGACUGCGCCUUACAAGAAUGUUAACGUCCAGAACUUCCACACUUCAUUCAAGGACGGUCUUGCGUUCUGCGCUCUGAUCCACCGUCACCGCCCCGACCUGCUGGAUUACUCGCAGUUGUCCAAAGACGAUCCUCUGCACAACCUCAACCUGGCCUUUGACAUCGCUGAGAAACAUCUCGAUAUUCCUCGCAUGUUGGACGCUGAAGAUCUGGUCAACUGCCCCAAGGCGGACGAGCGCGCAGUCAUGACCUACGUGUCAUGCUUCUACCACGCUUUCCAGGGCGCGCAGCAGGCUGAAAUGGCCGCGAACCGCAUCUGCAAGGUGCUGAAGGUGAACCAAGAGAACGAACGCCUCAUGGAAGAAUACGAGCGCCUUACUUCUGACCUGCUCGAGUGGAUCAGGCGUACGCUGCCUUGGCUGCAGGCGCGCCAGUCCGACAACACCCUCGCCGACCUCCAGAAGAAGCUCGAGGAAUACAGGCUCUACCGCCGCAACCACAAGCCUCCUAGAGUUGAACAGAAAGCCAGGCUCGAGACCAACUUCAACACCCUUCAGACGAAGUUGCGCUUGAGCAAUCGCCCCGCCUACCUUCCAUCCGAGGGCAAGAGCGUCCAGGACAUCGCCAACGCCUGGAAGAACUUGGAGGGCUGUGAGAAGACCUUCGAGGAAUGGCUGCUUGCUGAGAUGAUGAGACUGGAGCGUCUCGAGCAUUUGGCUAAGAAGUUCAACCACAAGGCUGACAUCCACGAGUCGUGGACGGCCGGCAAGGAAGAGAUGCUCAUGAGCCAGGACUUCCGUCACAGCAAACUCAACGAACUUAAAGCCUUGAAGAAAAAACACGAGGCUUUUGAGUCUGAUCUUGCCGCUCACCAGGACCGUGUAGAGCAGAUAGCUGCGAUAGCGCAGGAGCUGAACGCUCUUGACUACUACGACUGCGCGACGAUCAACGCUCGCUGCCAGGCCAUCUGCGACCAGUGGGACCGUCUCGGCAGCCAGACCACGCAGCGCAGGAACGCCCUCGAGGAGACCGAGAAACUUCUUGAGAAAAUCGAUCAGCUUCAUCUUGAGUUCGCCAAGCGAGCCGCGCCGUUCAACAACUGGCUGGACGGCGCCUGUGAGGACCUCGUGGACAUGUUCAUUGUGCACACCAUCGAGGAGAUCCAGGGGCUCAUCGACGCUCACAACCAGUUCAAGGCGACGCUGGGUGAGGCAGACAAGGAGUUCCAGGCGAUCAUGUCCCUAGUGACGGAGGUGCAGGCCAUCGCUCAGAAGUACCAGAUCCCUGGCGGUCUGGACAACGCCUACACUACACUCACUGCUCAGGUGAUCUCGGGCAAGUGGGGCGACGUGAAGAAGCUGGUACCCGCACGCGACAACACGCUGCAGGCAGAGCUCAAGAAGCAGCAGAACAACGAGAACCUCCGACGCACCUUCGCAGAGAAGGCAAACGGCGUCGGUCCUUGGAUCGAGAAACAGAUGGACGCUGUCGCCGCCAUCGGAAUGGGCAUGCACGGUUCGGUGCUGGAAGACCAGCUCAACAGGCUUAAGGAGUACGAGAACGCCGUGGUGUCCAACAAGGCCAUCAUGGAGGAGAUGGAGAAGAUCCACCAGGCUGUGCAGGAGGCUAUGAUCUUCGAGAAUAGGUACACCCAGUACACCAUGGAGACGCUGCGCGUGGGCUGGGAGCAGCUGCUGACGUCCAUCAACCGCACCAUCAACGAGGUCGAGAACCAGAUCCUCACCAGGGACUCGAAGGGCAUCUCUCAGGAGCAGCUCAACGAGUUCCGCAGCUCCUUCAACCACUUCGAUAAGAACAGGACCGGCAAACUUAACCCUGACGAGUUCAAGUCCUGCCUCAUUUCACUGGGCUACUCUAUCGGCAAGGACCACCAGGGAGAAAUCGACUUCCAGCGCAUUAUGUCCAUAGUGGAUCCCAACAGCUCCGGCUACACGCAGUUCGAUGCCUUCCUUGACUUCAUGACCAGAGAGAACGUCGACUCUGACACCGCCGAACAAGUUAUCGACUCGUUCAGGAUUCUGGCUGGCGAUAAGCCUUACAUCCUGCCUGAGGAGCUGCAACGAGAACUGCCCCCCGACCAGGCCGAGUACUGCAUCCAGCGUAUGCAGCCCUACACAGGGGGCGACGCCCCAAGAGAAGCCCUCGACUACAUGUCCUUCUCCACAUCCCUGUACGGCGAGAGCGACUUGUAAACAACGUCGUGUCGUCCGGCAAACUCAACUCGUUGUCUUCCGUCGUGGCUAGAGCACAAUCAUACCGCCUGUGGGACGUGGCCAGCAGAUAUCUUUUAGGCAUUCAUCAGUCGUCGAGAAAUGAAUUGACGCAUUUGAUCGCAUUGACUUUGGGAAUGAAAGUUACUAAUCUGGAAGAGAUGCAAAGUCACUGCAUUGUGAUAAAGAAAUCAACAAGAAAUAUUUUAAUUGGCUCUUACUUCGCAACGGCAAAUUAAUAAGAGUUGCUUGAAAUUUACAUGAACAAAACAAGAAUCUAAUGAAGUUUGACUGCUCGGUGAUUUAAGAGCUGAACUACUAAUUGCCUGUCGCGAGGCAUCUGCUGUGCUGCUUCUGCUAACUUACCAAUUGACUGCCAUUCGAGUGUGAUUCUCUCUCAUAUAAUGAAGAGUUGUGACUUCUUUCUAUACUCUAGAGAGUUAUAAUUGUUCACUGCUUUCGGGAUCAUGGUUUUUAGAUUUCAUUUAUCUUGCCAUUUUCAAACGAUGUCAUUGAAAUUGGUAGUUUGUAAAAUCUUCCUUUUUUGCGGGGGUGGGGAAUAUGUAUUUAUUUGAUACCAUAUCGAAAAACUAAUCAUGAUAUUUACUCAGGUGCUGAGAUAUUUGAUUAUUUUUUGUUCUGUCUCGAGAAAAUUGUUAUGAAAAUUUGAUAUUGAGAAUUGCACAAAUCAUGUGCUUGUUAUGUGGCGGAGCAAUAACAAAAGAUGCGAUCAAUUGUUCGCCGUUAUGGUGAGUGGAUAAGAAGCCUCAGUAGAUUAUGUUGAUAGGUUCCUAUUGUUGAUUACAAGUCAAGUCUAUUUUGAACGAGUACAUUUGAAUUGAAAUCGUAUUUUUAUACCAAGUACUUUUGGUAGACCUCUGGGCCAAUAACUACUGUCUAAGAGUUGCUAUUGUUCAUUCAGGCCCAUAAGUUUUGAAAGUUAUUAUAUAGCAAAGUAGCAAUAGUCGAGGCAAACAGUUUCAUUUCUCCACUCAUGCUGCUAUACUUCGGUUUAGAUUUUUUAUAUUGGGAAAAAAUUCCCAGCUCUUUUCGUAACCAUCUAGAGUUUGCGAGCAUUUUGCACAGGUCAGUCUGUCAUCUUCGUACGAUGCGUGUAUGUUGGGCCGUCUGAACAUGAACGAUCGAAACAUGGAUAAGAUUAUACCAUUACUUCUUCUUCCAUGAAAUUCAUCCGAAAAAUAGCCUAAGAAGAUGUGCUUUCUUGUGUUUCUCUCGUUUAAUUGUGUGUGUAUUGCAGCUCAAGACGUCUUAUGUGGCCUAUCUCUAUUGUCCAUCUUUUUGCUCCUCGAUUGGAUUUUUGUUAUGUACCGUGAAUGAAUGCAGCUCUCAUUUGUGUUUGUAUUCGCGCUUCGUUUUAUUUCGUUCGUUUUCCAAUUGCAUCGCUAUUAUCUGAAGUUCAUCGUUAAUUACGCCCACGGUAUUAGUAAGGUCACGAACAAGUCUCUGACUGAGUUUUACUGCUUAAGAAAUACAGGAUCAAAAUUUCCAGUAUUGGAGGCGUUAAAUUCUGAAUUCUAUCGUGCAUGCUAAGUUCAACUGUUGCUUACACCCAAUGCACACGCUGUCAAUAUGAAACUUGAUCUACUGCCAUCUAGUCCAAUUUGCGCGACUUGUAGGGCUGUCACGCAAUGAAUUUCCGCUGGUGUAUUUCGCGAGUGCCUGCGUCCUGUGUAAAUUUUCUUUAUUGUGUCUCGUAAUACGUACAUGUGUGUACCUUCAUGUCUCCUCUGUAUUCUGUGUACAGUUUUCUUUUGUUGCAGAGGGAGACGCUCUCUCAUCAACUUUUCAAGCUCGUCUCUCUACUUUUGCUCCUUAUCUCACCUCGCUUCUUAUUAGUAGUCGCUUCUUCGUACUGUUAUUGAUUAAGUUAAGAGUGUCAGCAUGCAUGAAGAUAAGAGGAAGAGGUCUGCCUUGAGGUGCCCUUCAUAUCACUUGACUGUAAGUCGUUCAUAUCAUACGAGGUCUUCUAUUUAGCGAAGAUUUGAAGCCUGGUUAGAAUCGAUACGCCGGUGAUCAUGCACAAAAUGUCAAAUUAUAUGUAGUGCGGUGAUUUACGUUGCUUUAGUUGCAGCUGCUUGUACUCGUUUCAGACAAAAUAAUGAACACAAUAAAACUCCCAUAACAGUG